AACCGUCGAAUCUCCAGCUAACGGUCAAAAUUCCUCGAUCAGUACACAGAUAUCCAGUGUAUCUUACUCCGCGGCGGAGAAUAACAGUCCAUGCUCUUUUGGCCCCCUCGCCAUUUUUACCGGCUCUCCCUCUCUCUUUUUCUCUCUCGUCUGAUACCAAACUCAGAGGUCGAUCGUAUUUGCCCUUUCUCUUUUCGAUCACUUCGUCGGCUAGGGUUUCGCCGAGCUCUCCCUUCGCCGCCAUGGAAGGGGGCCUCCUCCUCGACGGGGAGAUCCACGGCUUUCACACCGCAUCAGAUCUGGAUGUAGAGAAGUUGAUGGAAGAUGCCCCAAAUAGGUGGUUUCGUCCUAAUGAAGUUCAUGCAAUAUUAUCUAACUAUGCACGUUUUAAAAUCCAACCCCAACCAGUCGACAAGCCACAAAGUGGUACGGUUCUUUUAUUUGAUCGGAAAAUGCUGAGGAACUUCCGUAAAGAUGGGCAUAACUGGAAGAAGAAAAAGGAUGGGAAGACUGUCCAAGAAGCCCAUGAAAAGUUAAAAAUUGGAAAUGUUGAAAGAAUCCAUGUUUAUUAUGCACGAUGUGAGGACGAUCCUAAUUUUUACCGUAGGAGUUACUGGCUUCUUGAUAAGAUGUUGGAGCGCAUAGUUCUUGUGCAUUAUCGGCAGACAUCUGAGGAUCAUGCAUCUCAGUAUUUACCUGCACCGGUUGAUUGUACAGAGAAUCUUUCUUUGAUCAGCAAGAUUCAUCAUGAUUCUCCAUCAACCCCAAUCGAAUCAAAUUCUGCUUCUGCACAUUCAGUUGUGUCUGGAUCUGCAGGUACCUCAGAAGAAAUUAACUCAGGAGAGGAUAACACAGUACAGGCUGAACUUCAGAGCCAUGAGUUCAGUCUUCAUGAAAUCAACACAUUGGAUUGGGACGAUUUGUUGGAAUCACCUACAAAUAAUGAUUCUACUCAGCAUCGAGAUGGUGAUUUUUUCAUAUCUGAUCAACAAAUUCAAAAUGAGUUGGCGAAGUCCAUGAAUAAUGGUAGCUUUUUCAUGCCUCAUAAUACUAGUUGCAUUACUGAUAAUGAUGGCGCUGGGAAUGACCAAACAAUCGGUAGUUAUUUUCAAGCUAUGAAGGAUCAGGAGAGCCAGUCACAACUAUUGAAUUCCACAAAAUCAGAAUCUCAAACAGAGGACCGUACAUCAAAUGCAAUAACUGGCACGUCAACCCCCGAUAAUAUUACUAAUGAUGUCUUCUUAAGUCAGAACAGUUUGGGACGAUGGAAUUACUUGAAUGAUGAUAUCAAUUUGUUAGAUGAUCUGCAGCUUGAGCCACUCAGGUCAGAGGCAAACAAACUGGCUACAUGUACGUUGAUGGACCAGUCAUCAAAUCAACAGCCAAUUUUCAAUAUAACUGAUGUCUCUCCUGGGUGGGCAUAUUCCACAGAGGAAACUAAGGUCUUUCUUUCUCAAUAUUUCUCUGAGCAUUUUUUUUCCACAGAGGAAACUAAGGUCCUAGUGGUUGGAUACUUUUAUGAACAACAAAAACAUCUAAUGGAAACCCAAGUCUACUGCGGCUUUGGCAGGAAAUGUGUUCCUGCAGAACUUGUUCAAGCUGGUGUUUACCGCUGUACUGCAGCCCCCAGUGAACCUGGCUUUGUGAAUCUUUAUUUGACCUUGGACGGUCAGACACCAAUCAGCCAAGUUUGGUCCUUCGAAUACCGGUCUAAGCUGAGUGUUUGGGAUGAGGUGGCUUCAUCUGAAGAUGACAAUAGGAAACUAAAGUUAAAGGAGUUUCAAAUGCAAAUGAGGCUCGCUCACUUACUCUUUUCCACAAGCGGCAAUGUUUCUGGUCUGUCCGGCAGGACACAACAAAAGUUCUUGAAGGAAGCCAAAAACUUUGCUUCUCUCUCCUCUUCUUUAAUGGAAAAGGAGUGGUUGAAUAUGCUGAAACUAGUGAAUAGCAAUAGGGAUUCUCAGAUGCCUGCUACUGAAGAGUUGUUGGAGCUGGUUUUGAGAAAUAAGUUGCAAGAAUGGCUUUUGGAAAAAGUAGCUGAAGGCCGUCGAACAACUCCCUGUGAUAUUCAAGGCCAAGGAGUUAUUCAUCUUUGUGCUAUCCUGGACUAUCCUUGGGCAGUUUACCUAUUUUCUUUGUCGGGAUUUUCCUUGGAUUUUCGGGAUGCAUGUGGCUGGACGGCUCUGCAUUGGGCUGCUUAUUAUGGAAGGGAAAGGAUGGUCGCUACACUUUUAUCAGCUGGAGCAAAUCCAAGUUUAGUCACAGACCCUACUCCGGAGUCCCCUGGUGGAUCCACUGCUGCUGACUUGGCAGCAAAACAAGGGUACGAAGGCUUAGCCGCCUACCUUGCUGAGAAAGGAUUGACCGCACAUUUCCAGGCCAUGUCAUUGUCAGGGAAUGUAGCGACUGCUGCGCCUUUCUCAACCAAAAAAGUGAACUUUGAAAGUACAGACAUCGAGAAUCUCAGUGAGCAAGAACUCUGUUUGAAGGAGUCACUAGCAGCCUAUAGAAAUGCUGCUGACGCAGCUGACCGUAUACAAGCUGCAUUCAGAGAGCGGUCUCUAAAGCUUCAGACUAAGGCUGUUCAGAUGUCCAAACCAGAGAUGGAAGCAUCUGAAAUAGUUGCUGCUCUGAAGAUACAGCAUGCAUUCCGCAAUCACAAUAGACGGAAACUAAUGAGGGCUGCUGCACAAAUACAGAGUCAUUUCCGAACAUGGAAGACGCGUAAGAACUUUCUCCACGUGCGUAGGCAAGUUAUCAGAAUACAGGCUGCAUUCCGAGGGCAUCAAGUGAGGAAGCAAUACUGCAAAAUUAUAUGGUCUGUUGGAGUGCUUGAGAAAGCAAUCUUGCGUUGGCGUCUUAAGAGAAGAGGAUUACGUGGCAUUCAUACGGAAGCACCGAGCGAAGCGAUGAGAGUGGAUACAGAACCUGCAAACACUGAAGAGGAAGAGUUUUUCAGGAUCAGUCGGGAGCAAGCUGAAGAACGUGUGAAGAGAUCGGUUAUAAGGGUCCAAACCAUGUUUCGUUCAUAUCGAGCACAACAAGAGUAUCGAAGAAUGAGGAUGGCCCAUGAGAAGGCAAAGCUGGAAUUCAAUCAGAUGGGCCAUUUUUACUGAAGGCAUUUAUGAAGUUGUGGCUGUGGGAGACAGCUAGUUCUUUCAACAGUUCUUUGUACAGAUUAGAUCAGCAUCCAAUUGUGCUAACUUUUGUACAGUAUAAUUAUCAGGAUGAAUUGCUGAUACUUGGGAUUUCUUACUCUUAUUAGGCUGAUUAAGCACUACAUUGAGUUUCCUAGGGCUGAUUGGUUGAAAGAGUAAUUAUUUCUUUUCUCUUACAGAAAGGGAAUAGUAUAUAGUUGAUGUCGUAGUUUAAUGCUGUGUUUUUGUUGUUAAGGGGUAUCGCCAUGUAUUUGCAUGUAAGAUAGCUAUUCCUCACCUUUUCUGCUUUGAGGAAUGUGAAGAUGUAAUGUUGUAUCUGUCUUGUUGCCAUCUGUUAAAGAGAAGUGGAAAGAAAAUAGAAAAUGUUGAAAUAGAAUGGGCAAUCUUUUAUUAGAUGUGCAAAUAAUAUUACAUGCGACUCAAGACUCA